AUGGUACUCGGAAAUGAAAACGGAAUCGUUCCAACAAAUGAAGAAAGAAAUGCCACGGAUAUUGAGAAUGGGGUUUUCGAAGGCGAGAAAUUUGACGAUUGGAACGAAGAACUCGAUUCCGAUCGUGAGUUAGUUUUAACUCAACGGGCUGCAGAAAUUGAGCAUCGAAAGGGAGCCGUCGAAUCUCAACAGAAACAGGCCGACAAGAUGCUGGAGAAAUCGAAAAACAGAUUUGGACCAGUUGAAGUUGGCAUGACGGUUCGUCUCCCAAUCGAUGUCGUCAAUCGACCUAAAAUCGGUCACGCGUCUCUUUUUGGUCUCGUGCUGUCUUCGGAGGAGGGUUUAUAUCAGAUUGGCACCAAGAAUGAAGUUUUGCAGCAAAAGCUCACCCAAAAUCAGUUUGAACCGGCCAACAACAAUUUUCUCUCCGCCGAUGACGUCCCUUCUCAAAAUACAACGUUUCGUUCAGCUAUCGGAACCGAAUCAUUAUCAGGAACUCAGGGUCACAAGCAUUGCAAUUGCCCAAAUGGAUGCACGAAUGGACGAU